AUGCAUUUCACGUCAUAUGUGACAGCCGCCCUGUAUGGGCUGCCUGCCCUGGCCAAUGCUGUGCCGUCGCCAUCUCACUCCCAGACCGCGUCUCCCUCGCCGUCUGCUACUGGCUCAAAUGCCGAUCACUUCGAGAGCUAUACGAUCAAGGCAGAAAACAUCACUGCCAAGCUGAUUCCGUAUGGUGCGCGUCUCACCUCCUUGCUAGUUCCAGAUCGUGACGGCAACGUCCAAGAUGUGGUCGUUGGCUAUGAUGAACCCAAGGAAUAUCUGCAUGAUAGUGAGACAAAUCGCACGUUCUUCGGCGCGGUUGUGGGUCGCUAUGCCAACCGUAUCAAGAACGGUACCUUCACCAUUGAUGAUAAGGAUUACCACGUUCCUGAGAAUGAAAACCAUGGCGUGGACACCCUCCACGGUGGCUUCGUCGGAUAUGAUACGCGCAACUGGACAGUCACUUCGCACAGCGAGUCCUCCAUCACCUUCACAUUGCUCGAUCAAGGCUUUGAGAACUUCCCAGGAGACGUCAUUACCCAUGCUACUUUCAGCGUGUCUACCGAGAAGACUCAAGCCAACCCCAAGGGACUUCCCCAGUUGACCACGAAGUUGGUGGCCCUCUCUCUUACAGAGAAGACCCCCAUCAUGCUCUCCAACCACAUCUACUGGAACCUGAACGCGUUCAAAGAAUCCAACGUGUUGAAGGACACCACCUUGCAGCUUCCCCUCUCGCAACGGUUCAUCGGUGGAGACAGCAUCUUAAUCCCGAACGGCACCAUCCACGACGUUGCAAACACCUACCAAGGAGCUCUGGACUUCACCAGCCCCAAACUCAUUGGCAAGGACAUCGAGAAGACAUACGACCUCUGCGGCGCCGGCUGCACAGGCUACGACACAUGCUUCCUCGUCGACCGGCCCUCAACAUACGCGUCGAACUCCAUGGCCACAGUCCUGAGCGCCUCAUCCAGCUCCACCGGUAUCAGCGUCGACGUCGCUACCAACCAGGCCGCGGUGCAGAUCUACACCUGCAGCGGGCAGAACGGCUCCAUCGCCACUAAGAAGUCGCAGGCGGACCGCAACAAGGCUGAUGGCGGUGACUCUGGUGCCACUCACGUUAACAAGUAUGGAUGCUUCGUUAUCGAGACCGAGGACUGGAUCGAUGGUAUCAAUAACCCCGAGUGGGGACGUGUUCCCUACCAGGUCUUUGGUCCUGAUGAUGGGCCCGCCGUUAACUGGGCUACCUACCAGUUUGGCACUAUCUAG